AUGCUUGAUAAGUAUGAAAUAAUAGAGAGGCUUGGCCAAGGGUCAUUUGGUAGUGUAUGUAAAGCAAUACGAAAAUCAGAUCAAAAGGUGGUUGCUAUUAAAGAAAUAAGCUAUAGCCAAAUGGAUAAUAAGAAAAAACAAAUGCUAAUCAAUGAAGUAAACGCUUUAAGAAAUAUUCAAAAUGAACAUGUUGUUGGAUACUACGACAGAAUUGUAGUUAGAGAGAAGAAACUCAUGUACAUAGUUAUGGAAUAUUGCGAAAAAGGAGAUCUUCAGCAGCUUAUUAGGAAAACGCGUGCAGAUAAUGAUAGGAUUCCUGAAUCAGCUAUAUGGCAAGUCUUAACAGAUAUGUGUAUCGCAUUAGAUUCAUGCCAUCCAAAGAUGAUACAUAGAGAUAUCAAACCUGGAAAUAUUUUCAUUUCUGGCAAUGGCCAUGUAAAGCUCGGAGAUUUCGGACUUGCAAGAGAAAUUGAAGAUGGUGCAGCUAGUACUUACGCAGGAACUCCCCCAUAUAUGUCACCAGAACUCAUUAGCCAUCAACCAUAUGAUGAGAAGAGUGACAUUUGGGCACUUGGCUGCGUUUUAUUUGAAUUAGCAGAUCUCCACUUGCCUUUUAAUGGAUCAAAUGAAGUAAUCACGCAAUUGAUACAAACUGGUCCACUUAGAAGAAUUCCUGCUAUGUACAGUGACGACCUUUUCGAGGUUAUUCAGUCUAUGAUGAUGAAAAAGCCUCAAGAGCGUCCAACAGUCAAACAACUACUUGAAAACAAGUAUGUUAAGCUUUAUUUGCAGAUGGAAAUGAUUCUUAAUGAGAGAGCUCGUGUUCAAGCAGAUACAGCAAGAUUAAUCAAGAAACAAGAGCAACUAAAAGAAGAAUAUAACCGCCUCAAUCAAAAGGCUGGUCGUGUUUUCUUUAAUGAAUAA